AUGUCUUUUUCAGUGUCUGCUGACGCCACUGCUGCAGGAAGGCGAGCCAGGAGGGAGAUCUCAUUACUGGUUGGUCCCGAGUGCCAGUCCUGGCAGGCGGCCUACAUCAAAGUUUACCUCUUGGAGAACGGGGUCUGUGUGGCCAAGAAGAAGACCAAGUCAGUGAGGAAGUCUCUGGAUCCUCUCUACAACCAGGUCCUGGUCUUCUCUGAAAGCCCGCUGGGGAAAGUGGUGCAGCAACCGACAACCAACACGGUUGAGGAGCCCCUCGAUCUGAUCAGACUCAGUCUAGAUGAGAGGAUCUACGUCAAGAUGAGGAACGACCGGGAGCUUCGUGGUCGACUGCAUGCCUACGAUCAGCACCUGAACAUGAUCCUGGGUGACGUGGAGGAGACGGUGACGACGGUGGAGAUUGACGAGGAGACUUAUGAAGAACUCUAUAAGUCAACCAAGAGGAACAUCCCCAUGCUGUUUGUCAGAGGAGAUGGCGUUGUCCUUGUGGCUCCGCCCCUCAGGGUGGGCUAACCCCCGACCACUUCCGGGUGUGAAGGAGCGUUAACGGCAGCUGGGAGGUUUCUUACCCUGAGGGAGCGGGUGGUGCCGUCAUGACGGGCUGAAACCGGUCGGGUUCAAACAUCUUCAGCCCCCUCAGGUCGGACUCUUUUGUCAACACCGUCCCCUUUACUUAACAUUCAUGACCCGGAGGUCCGAGACCACAUCACCAAUUCUCAACUUCCUUUUUGUGCGGCUCUGUGGAUAUAAACAUGUUUUGACUCGAGGGAAGAAAGAGGACUUUUGUUUUGGAGAAAGAGCGCCUGUUUUUUUUUUUUCUUUCUUUUUUUUUCACAAAAAAUUUGGGCGAAUUAUUAUUAAUCCUUCUGAAACGUGGAUCGGCAUCACUUUUCUUGUACUGUGUUUAGACGCCUUUCACAAUAAUUUAAACUUUUAAAAACCUGAACAAAUUCU